GGAGAGGACUUCUUUUUGUCGGAAGAUGCUUGCAAGUAGUUCUUCGUCACGAUGGAUAUCGUUUGGCUUUCAUCAAAGUUGGAGGGCCUUCAACAUUGUUGAAAAUCCUUGCCUCCAGACAAGUAAAUUUCCAAAUUCAGUACCAACUUAUGUUCUGUCUUCGGUUACUGCCUUUCAACCCUAAAUUUGCUCAAAAAAUGAACAAAUUAGGCGUCAUUCCAAUCCUAGCAGAUAUUCUCAGUGACUCUGUGAAAGAAAAAGUUACCCGCAUCAUCUUGGCUGUAUUCAGGAACUUAAUCGAAAAACCAGAAGAGCCGAACAUUGCAAAGGAACAUUGUAUUUCAAUAGUACAGAGUAAAGUAUUAAAGCAGCUGAGUAUUUUGGAGCAACACAAACUCGAUGAUGAAGACAUUGUAGAAGAUGUUCAGUUUCUCAACGAAAAAUUGCAGGCAUCCGUUCAAGAUUUAAGUUCUUUUGAUGAAUAUGCCACUGAAGUAAAAUGUGGGUGACUAGAGAGGCCUCUAGUCCACUGGUCUGCUCAGUUCUGGAGAGAAAAUGCAGCACGUUUGAAUGAGCGCAACUAUGAGUUCUUUGCUGUCUGGUCUCUUUACUUGAUACUUCCAAGGAUGCUUUGGUGUUCAGCGUUGCAUCCUUUGAUGUUGGUGAAUACGUCCGUCACUAUUCGCGAGGCAAACAGGAGUAUCUAGGACGCCAGCUGGAAAAAGAGCAAGGAUCAACAACUACUACAGCAAAAUCUGCAGCUGCAUUACUCGCUGGUA